AAACUAUAAUCUCACAUUGUGAAUUAAUUAGUAGAUUAAAUGGAUCAGCUACAAGCUAUGAGGAUCUCUUGUCAUUCAUCUAUGUCUCUUUUGCUUCUCUUCUUCCUUUUCUCUUCUCUGCAGAUCAGCCCAACGCAGGCUGCCAAAAAGUCUUAUGUGGUGUACUUGGGAAGGAAUUCUCAUGGAUCUGAACCUUCUUCUGCAUUGGAUAUCAAUGGAAAGACCGAGUCUUACUAUGAGUUAUUGGGUUCUUGCAUGAAAAGCAAGGAUAAGGCAAAGGAAGCAAUAUUUUAUUCGUAUUCUAGUUAUAUCAAUGGCUUUGCUGCAACACUUGAAGAUGGAGAACUCGAUGAAAUCUCAAAACGGCCAGAAGUGGUAUCAGUUUUUCCUAAUGAAGCGAACCAAUUGCAUACGACAAGAUCGUGGGAGUUUCUUGGACUUGAGAGAAAUGGACAAAUUCCACCUGAAUCUAUCUGGGUUAAGGCAAGAUUUGGUGAAGAUGUAAUUAUUGGAAAUCUUGACACUGGUGUCUGGCCGGAGUCAGAAAGCUUCAGUGAUGAAGGGAUGGGGCCUAUUCCAUCAAAGUGGAAAGGAUAUUGCGAUUCAAAUGAUGGAGUUAGAUGCAACAGGAAGCUGAUUGGUGCGAGAUACUUUAACAAGGGCUUCCAAGCUGCUAUAGGCCAGCCACUUAAUUCAUCCUAUAACACUGCACGAGAUACUGAUGGUCAUGGCACUCACACUCUCGCUACAGCAGGUGGACGCUUUGUUUCAGGAGCCAACUUCUUGGGCUCAGCCAAUGGAACUGUAAAGGGAGGGUCACCUAAUGCCCGAGUUGCUUCCUACAAGGUUUGCUGGCCAACUUGCUAUGAUGCUGAUAUAUUGGCUGCCUUCGACGCUGCAAUUCAAGAUGGGGUUGAUAUCUUGUCAGUUUCACUUGGAAGUCGUCCUCGCCAUUACUUUGGUCAUGGAAUUUCAGUUGGGUCUUUUCAUGCUGUUAAGAAUGGGAUUCUUGUAGUUUGCUCUGCAGGGAAUUCUGGGCCAUCACCUGGGACUGCGUCUAAUGUAGCUCCCUGGAUUCUCACAGUUGCAGCAAGCACAAUUGAUCGAGAUUUUCCAUCCAAUGUUGUCCUUGGAAACAACAAACUAUUCAAGGGCCUGAGUUUCAAUACCAAUAGUUUACCUGCCAGGAAGUAUUAUCCCUUGGUUUAUUCUGUGGAUGCUAAAGCUGCCAAUGUCUCUGCUAGAAAGGCACAAGUCUGCGCUCCUAAUUCUCUAGAACCAGAAAAAGUAAAAGGGAAAAUUGUGUACUGUCUUCGGGACUUUUCUGCUUUAGACGUUGAGAGGAGCUGGGUGGUUGCUCAGGCUGGUGGCAUUGGGUUGAUCCUCGGUAAUCAGUUCCCUGAAAUGACGAUCUCCCCUCGAGCCCACUUUCUUCCUACUUCUGCCGUCUCCGCAGCCGAUGGCCACUCUAUUUUAGCUUAUCUGUACAGCACAAGGUCUCCAGUAGCUUAUAUAAGCGGUGCUACAGAAGUUGGAGGUGUGGCUGCUCCUAUGAUGGCUUCAUUUUCAUCUACUGGUCCAAAUGCAAUCAACCCAGAGAUUCUCAAGCCUGAUAUCACUGCUCCUGGAGUCCAUAUAUUAGCUGCCUAUACAGAAGCUUCAGGGCCUUCUUCUCUAACAGUUGACCAGCGCCAUCUCCCAUUCAACAUUAUAUCUGGUACUUCAAUGUCCUGUCCCCAUGUUUCUGGAAUUGCUGGUCUUCUCAAAAGCGUGCAUCCAGAUUGGAGUCCUGCUGCAAUCAAGUCAGCAAUUAUGACCACAGCAAGAACUAGAAGCAACACCAGACAACCGAUUGUCACUGCUUUUCUCGACGAGGCAAGCCCAUUCGACUAUGGCUCAGGGCAUAUCUGGCCAAGCCGAGCAAUGGACCCUGGCUUAGUUUAUGACUUGACCACCAAAGAUUAUCUGAACUUCCUGUGCUCCAUUGGCUACAAUGCAACUCAAAUGUCAGUGUUUGCUGAGGGACCAUACAACUGCCCAUCAAAAAACACUAGCUUGUUGGAUUUAAACUAUCCAUCAAUCACUGUCCCUAAUCUCUCAGGGAAAGUCACAGUGACUCGAACCUUAAAGAAUGUGGGAACUCCAGGCUUAUACACGGCUCGCAUCAAUGCACCUCAAGGAAUUACAGUGAAGGUUGAACCAAUGAGAUUGAAAUUCAACAAGACAACUGAAGAGAAGAGUUUCAAGGUAACACUAAAAGCUGAGAAAAAAGGGAACAAUUUUGGUUAUUCAUUCGGUUGGCUCUUAUGGUCAGAUGGGUUACACAACGUACGGAGUCCCAUAGUGGUGAAGAAGAAAGAUGCAAGCUCAGCUUAAAUUUAAUUUUUUUUU